GAUCACGAAGCUACAUGUUAGCUCAAUAAAAGUCACAUCGCGGAGCUUCUAAGCUCGGUGACGGCUUUUCGCUGCGUGAUAUUCGACUCUUCAAAUCAACGAAUUUAUCCCUUCGACUUCUGUAAACUUCAAAUUCUACAACAACAAACCCGUCGCCUGCGCCCGCUUUCGCCAUGGAGAUCUCACGAGGACCCCCGAGGGUGAAAAACAAGGCACCUGCGCCUAUACAGAUUUCUGCGGAGCAGCUGCUUCGAGAGGCCGUCGACCGACAAGAGGUCGGCGUGCAAGCCCCGACGCAGCGCUUUGAAGACUUGGAGGAACUACAUGAGUACCAAGGUCGGAAGAGGAAAGAAUUCGAGGACUAUGUUCGCCGAAAUCGAAUUAAUAUGAAUAAUUGGAUGCGCUAUGCACAAUGGGAAUUGGAGCAAAAAGAAUUUCGAAGAGCGCGAUCGAUUUUCGAACGAGCGUUGGAUGUCGAUUCUACCUCCGUCGUACUGUGGAUUCGUUAUAUCGAGGCUGAGAUGAAAACCCGGAACAUCAACCAUGCUCGAAACCUGCUUGAUAGAGCUGUAACGAUCUUGCCACGAGUCGACAAGCUGUGGUACAAAUAUGUCUACAUGGAAGAGACGCUGGGGAAUAUUCCAGGCACGCGCCAGGUAUUUGAACGGUGGAUGUCAUGGGAACCAGAUGAAGGUGCAUGGAGUGCUUACAUCAAGCUCGAGAAGCGUUAUAAUGAGUUUGACCGCGCCAGAGCUAUUUUUCAAAGAUUCACUAUUGUACAUCCAGAGCCAAGGAACUGGAUCAAAUGGGCUCGUUUUGAGGAGGAGUACGGAACGAGCGACCUAGUCCGGGAAGUUUAUGGGCUUGCAAUUGAAACUCUAGGGGACGAUUUCAUGGAUGAGAAGAUCUUCAUUUCGUAUGCAAAGUUUGAAGCGAAACUAAAGGAGUACGAGCGGGCCCGUGCGAUUUAUAAAUUCGCUCUUGAUCGACUACCACGCUCCAAGUCAAUCACUCUACACCAAGCGUACACCACAUUUGAAAAACAAUUCGGUGAUCGUGAAGGUGUCGAGGACGUUAUCUUGAACAAACGUCGAGUUCAGUACGAAGAACAAAUCAGGGAGAAUCCCCGCAACUACGACGUAUGGUUUGACUAUGCUCGAUUGGAAGAGGCAUCUGGAGAUGCGGAUCGCAUACGAGAUGUGUACGAAAGAGCAAUUGCCCAGAUACCGCCUUCUCAGGAGAAGCGCCACUGGCGCAGAUACAUAUAUCUAUGGAUAUUUUACGCAUUGUGGGAAGAGAUGGAGAGCAAGGACAUCGGCCGAGCCAGGCAAAUCUACCAAGAAUGCCUGAAACUGAUACCCCACAAGAAUUUCACGUUUGCCAAGAUUUGGCUCAUGAAAGCCCAAUUUGAGAUCCGUCAGAUGGAUCUCCAAGCAGCCCGAAAGACUCUUGGUCAAGCAAUUGGCAUGUGUCCUAAAGACAAGUUGUUUCGGGGUUAUAUUGAUUUGGAGCGUCAACUAUUCGAAUUCAACCGAUGUCGUACUCUUUACGAGAAACAUAUUGAGUGGAAUGCAUCUAAUAGUCAGGCGUGGAUCAAAUUUGCGGAGCUUGAACGGGGCUUGGAAGAUCUCGAACGGGCUCGUGCGAUUUUCGAAUUGGGUAUCGAGCAGUCGACGCUGGACAUGCCAGAGCUGGUCUGGAAGGCGUACAUCGAUUUUGAGGAGUACGAAGGAGAAUAUGACCGCACGCGUGCAUUGUAUGAGCGAUUAUUGGAGAAGACGGAUCAUGUCAAGGUCUGGAUUAAUUAUGCCAAAUUCGAAAUCAACAUUCCGGAAGGUGAAGAGGAUGAGGAGGAACAAGAAGAGCGGCCAGUCAGCGAGGAAGCCAAACGACGGGCUCGCAAGAUCUUCGAACGUGCCAACAAAGUGAUGAAAGAUAAGGAUCUCAAGGAAGAGAGGGCGGAUCUUCUGAAUGCAUGGAAGGCGUUCGAGCAAGCUCACGGGUCCGCCGAAGAUCUAGCAACGAUCGAAAAGCAGAUGCCACGGCGGGUCAAGAAGCGUCGCAAGUUGGACGACGACCGUUAUGAGGAAUACAUGGACUACGUCUUCCCGGCAGACGAUGCAUCAGCAGCCAAUUUGUCUCGAUUGUUACAACGUGCCCACGCUUGGAAACAACAGCAACAGGGACAAACUUGAGAUGGGUAGGAUUCUUGUGUUGGCUUAUGAUCCGUGUGACACAACAGCCAUGUAUAUUAUUCGGUACGUAGCAAUAUCGGGUAUUAAAUCGGAUAAUACUCUUUUGAGUCUACACAUAGCUAUUCGCGGUUUCAAGGAGUUUUUGCGAUUUAUCUGUAUUCA